AUGGCGACUUCCGGGGCGUCCGCGCUGCCGGGCCCAGACAGAAACGUUGCUUUGCCUGUCCCGUCUACACGCCAGCCGGGAGACACUCACGCUGUCUACGCGUAUCAGGACCGGUCUGACAAUUCACUUGCGCACCAGUUUAGUGAGAUUCCCCCCAUCUCCUCGAGCAGGGAUGGCGACUCUUUUGGCAGCGACGACGAAUACACCAUCGCGCCCUUCACACCAUCCGCUCGACCUUUCCAGGCUCCAGACGCCACGUCCUGCCCCCUGCCCCCCGCGAGAUUUUGGACUUCCACGCACAGGCCCUCACCAGAAGAAGCUGGCGCCUUCGGGGGCCUGCCACCUACGCGGAGAGAAGGCUGGCGCGCUUUGGCGAACGCGCCCGUUCCUCACUGGGCGGUUUCUCCUCUUGCGCCGCAAUCCUUUAUUCGGUCGCAUACUCAUGCAGCUCGCGGCGUUCAUGCCCUCUGCGCUAUCCGCCACGAAUCUGGCGUCGCUGCCUGCUGCCGCGGGGAGCCGCCGGCGAACUGCCUUCCCGUGCUCGCAGGCAAGACGCCUGAGUCUUUUCGAAGUUUCAGAGAGCUUCCGGGUGAAACGGGACUUCCUACCUUCCACGGGAACACUGGGGCCCGCGCAGGCGCUGUAGAACCGACCUGCGCCGGCGCUUGGCCGUUGCAACCUGCCACCUCUGACAACUUCGCCCACACAAAUGCGGCGCGAAGUCUUCAGACAGCGUGCAGCCCACUAGGGCAUGCAGACCGUGUGAAGCACGUGCCGGAAUGCGCCAAGCCCUCGUCGCAGAUCUCGUUUUCGCGUGGCGGCGCGUCGAGCCUUGCCGCAGCGACCGGGCUUCCGCCUGGCGCGUUGAAUUUCCUCGCGCACUCUACCCCGCAACGCGAAAAUUCGCGAGGAUCCUCUUCUAGUCUUCUGCAUGUCGCGCUACCUUCCGGCUUGAGUCGCUGGACGAACGUGGAUGACCAGCUGCCGCCGACAGCCGCUUACUGCGAGUGCCCCUCCGCACACAGCCCACACGUCACAGCGCGGCCUCGCGGCAGCCUCCCCGUUUUUCCCUGGCUCGCGGAGACUGUGGAGCCGCCGGCGGCGUACAUGAGCUCGCCUGUGGCGACGACGCUGCGGCCCGGUGCGCCUGAGGACGCCGCCUGCACUUAUCCUUUGCGUCACGCGCAUCCGCGUCGUCGCCCCACUGAACCCCUCUUUCCGCCUUAUGACCACUCCCCAUCACGCCCGGACUUCGCUUCUAAAACGGGCGGCUCGUUCGGCCCUGGCUGCCCGCGGGACUGGGCAACUCCCCGCGCCCCGUCGUGUCCCCUGCCCCCCCUUUCGCCCCGGAGCCGCCCUCACCUUCGUCAGUGCCCCCCCCAGUCUCCUGAGCACCCGCGCCCGAGUCCAGCACAGACUGGUCCAACGAGAGAUGCCGCAGUCCGCGGGAGUCCGCAGCUUCCUCCUGGCUCGCUGCCCCGUGUAAUGGAGCCUCCGCCCCGCUUUUCGCCGACUCCUCUGUCGCCAGCUGUCCGCACUUUUUAUGCCGGUCUUCCCUCGCCUCCCGCGCAGCCGCACACUGCGCACCCGCCGUCUCUGCAGUUCUCUCCGGUCGCGUCUUGUUGCAGCUCUGCGUCUUCCUCUCCCUUCUCUCCAUCUUCCGCGUCGCUUUGUCCGCCGCCGUCAAUGGGCCCCGUCCGAGGCGCGGAGACUGGUGCCUCGUGGUCUAUGUCGGACUUUGAGUCAGACGGAGACCCCGAAGAGGCGAUCACCCCCUGUGGCUCGCUGUUUUGUGAGGAGCGAAAUCUCUUCGGCGAGGGCGAACCCGGGCCUCGCAUCGGGCUCCGGGAGACCUCGCGCGCUUCCGGUGAAGUGCCGCAUCUGACCGUCGCGGCGAGAGACACGCAGGGGCUCGUUGCCUGCCCUGAAUUUUCCCCUUUUCCCGCUCCUACGCUCUCGCGGACGCAGGCGGCAGAUGCCGCAAGAGAGAGGCCUUGCAGACCGGAGCCUUUGGCUGCUUGGGUUCCCGCGGCCUCCGCACGUGCGGCGGAUGAGGCUGCAGGACACAGUGCUCAGCUGAAGGGAGACGCCUGCUUCGCGUUUUCCGCUCCGUCUCUUCGCGGCCCAGAGAAGAACCGCUGCGAGAGAGGAGAAAAACACUUCUGGCGCGCGUCUUCCAGCCCUUUCCCGGACCCCGCUUCAGACGAUGAGGUUGCGGCCUUGUGCUCUGCGGUCGAUGCUACGCAAGACAGCAACCAGGGGUGCAGUGGCUACGCCGUUCGCCGCCGCGCCGAGGCGGGGGAAGCUCGAGGGGAGCUGGGGCUGCUGAACGAAGAAAUUCAGGGGAGCCGCGCGGCUCCUGAGUCCCCGCGAAUCUCCGCCUCUCGCUCCAUCCGCUCAUACGCGUGCUCCACAGGCUUCGACGAUGCCGCAGAGGGCGCCUCUCGCGCGGCUUUACAGACGCCUCUCACACAUGGCUGCGAAGGGACCCUGCUCCACUCUCCAGCCAACGAGGCAGAGAACGCGGUCCACCGCUUUCCGCUGCUCCAGGUCCAGGAAGACUCUGUGAGCACCGCUGUCUGCGUCGCUGCGCUCGACGGCUCCACCGAGUUCGAGAAAACCCAGCACCGGUCGGUGGCCUGCGGCGGAAGGAAAAGGGAGGAGCGCGGGGCUGAGCGGGACAACAUUUUUGACGCCGGUCCCCAGGGCCUCGACUGUCUUCCGCAAGACGAACGUCGUGGGGCGUGCCCGCGGGAAGAGAGAGAGAUUGCCGGGGCGGACCUCGCCCCAGAGGAGGAAGGCCGGUUCAGCAGGGAGCAGAGACAAUCUGAUCUUCGUCCCGCUGGCGGGGACCUUGCCGCGCGCGUGUUUGCUUUCUCUGACGAGAGGGAUGCGCAAAGGGAGGAUCUGGAGCCGCAGAAUCGUAGGGACUCCGUCGGCGACGCGCCCGGGGGACGCUCGAGUCUCCUGUCUGAAGACACAGGUCCGAUAUGGAGGGACGUGACCAACGAGCUGACUGCGGAAUCAGCGUCGUCAGCUGCUUCUGCUUGCUCCUGGACCCGAUGUGACGCAUUUUUUGGCUUUCCCUGGCAACCUCCGAAGGUCAGGCGGGGACAGGUAGAGACGGAACGGCCCUGCGUCCCUAGGCUGUGCUUUCCAGUUGCUCCAGAAGGCGACGUGGCUUCAUUGACCGUGACUGUGGGAGGAGAGGAAGGAAGCGAUAGACUCGGCGUGCCCGAGGGAGAGGAGUCUGCUCUCAAGUUGCGAGAACUCCGUGGGGAGGGCCUGUGCGUAGAGGGUCGCGCAGACGCCGCGUGGCUAGUUCAGCACACCGCGGCGUCGCCCGGGUGCGUCUCGAGUGCCUCGGCUUCAGCUUCAGAAGAAGAGCUCGGGAGUUCGCUCGGCCUCUCUGGAGAGCCCGCGGGUGUAGAGGCUUGUUUCCGCCGUGCGUCGCACCGUUUGUCGCGUUCGCUUUCGGUCUCGUCGUCCGCCCUCUUUGUUCUCGCUUCGCCGCGAGAGGACGCCGAAGCCACAUAUGCACAUCUCUCCGCCUACGCGCCUGCGGACUGCCUUGAACUCGCACAGCAUCCUCUCAAGUGGGGAACUCCCGCAGAAGCGGAGCCGGCCAGAUGGCGCCGGAAGGUCAGCCAGGCGUCCCCGGUUCGCACGCGGAAAAGAGGAGAUGCGUGUAGCUCGGAGGACGGGGAGGUCGCGACUCGGGUUCCCAGGCCCCCGGGGUCUCGCCAAGAGCGCGGCGCAGCGACUCUCAGCUUCUUGGCCUCCGCCACAGACGCGCAAGAGCUCAACAUGGAGGUGGAAGAUGAGAACUUGGAGGACGAAUCCUGGCCGCGCCACAUGGAGGCAGGCAUCGCGAUGGAGAAAUGCCUGCCGCAAGGAGCACGGCCGGCGUCUCUCAGCGCUCUGAAGAAGAGGAACUUGGACGGGAGUCGCGGGAAAGCGACAGAGGAGAAGGAAGGGUCAGCUGCACAAGAGACAGAGAAGCGAAACGAGUUGGCACUCCGAGAGUGCGAUGCCGAGGACGCAGGCGUCCGCCCAGCCCGGCAGAGGCACAAGGAAAAGCGGCAGUUCGCGCGGCAGGACCUGCUGGCCUCAGCCUUGCCUGGCUUCGCUUCCGCCGCGGCACGCCGACCGGAGAAUAAGGAGACUGCGAGAUCUGUGAGGUCGAGAAAGAAAAAAGCCAAGGAGACAACCAGGAAUGGAAAGACCUCAACUGGAGAGACGCCAGAGGAGGCGGACAGCGGCACUGUUCCCUCUGCGUCGCGCGAGGGCGGCGUCGUCUCGGCUGACUCGCCCCGCCCGGGUCUCCAAGUCUGCGGUGACACGUGCGAGACGGGCUCCAGUCGCAGCCAAAAGAACUCCGGCUUGCCGCGCUCCCCCUCUGCGUCUUCCUCGCUUCUCUCGUCUCCCAACGAAGCGCUGAGCGAGGCGAGGGCAGAGGACUCAGCUCUUGAGCCAUGGGCCGAAACCAGGCUCGCCGGUGCCUCGUUGUCCGCCUCUGCGUCUUCUGCGUCUCCUUCCGCGGCGGCGCCCGCCACCGCGGCUGCGUCGGUAACUGGCGCCGCCGCCCCAGUGGCCGCCUCUCAGGGGUCCGAUGCGCUCUACGUGGCGUGGUGGCCUACGGCGAAGGAGCACUUCGACUCGCUCUGGACCGACUCGAAAGCCGGCUUCGCUUGGCUUUCCGCUGCCUCGGGGACGGAGGCGGGGCGGAGGCUGCUUUCGGAGAGCCGAGGAGGGCGGAAGGUCGCGGCAGCGACGCGCGAGGGCGUCCAGACUGCGGUCCUCCGAAAGCAGCUGGCGGCGCUGCGGCUUGAAGGCAUUCAGUACGUGCUUCGCAGUGGAUCCUCGCUUGCCUGCCGCGUCGGGUUCUUCACCUCUCAUCAUCGAGACGCGUUUCUUCGGCGUUAUGGCGCGGACUCGACUUCGCCCGCGGGCCCGCAUUCGCAGUGGCUCCAGGACAUCUGCUUGGCGUCGCUGCUGGCGUUUUCUUCCAUUCCGGCCUCGACGGCGGACGCCAGGGGAGGGAGGCCUUUGGAGAAGUCGAGUGACCCCCGCAGGAGGCGAAAACCGGGGGGGAAAGCGGGCGCGCGGGCAGACGGAAGGGCAGCUGUGAAAAGCUCCUCUUCGUUGUCGUGCGCGCUCUCCUUGGGGGCUCACGCUCGGCCUGUGGCGGUCCCGCUGUCUCCCUCUGACGCGCUGCCGCUCGCCAGCUGCCUCGCGAGGAAAGCAGCGAACUUCCUCAAGAGACUGGGACUCGAAGACCUUGUUAUGGCAUCCCCUGCGCUUGCCUCGGAGGCCGAAGCUCUCGUCACGCCCGCGGGAGACCCCGUCGAGGACGCACAUGGCGGCGGACUCUCUCUCGCCCCUCCCUGCCUGGCGGUUUUCCUCUCAUGGCUGCCGCUCUCGGUCUGGGCGAAGGGCCCCCGACAGGUAUGCGCGUUCUUCAACGAGCGUCUUCAGCGGAUUGUUCACUUCAAAUGCCGCCGCAUGCAUUUCCUGCCCAGUGGCGGAGCUCAGUUGGAAUUUGACAGUCCAGCUUACGCGACGCAGUUCAUGAAACGCUACGGAGGCUGUCGGGAGAGCCUCGGCGUCCAGCGCUUCCUUGACCAGUUCUUUCCUACUUUAGACGUUUUCCUAAGUCCCGCGGAGCGGCUGACGGCCCCGCUGUUCAUUUUCCAGCUACCGAGGUACCACACACUGGGCAGCCUUCCGUCCCUGUCGUGGCUUCCGUCGGAGCCUCUAGCCCACGCCACGCGCGUUGAGGAGCAGCGCGGGGUUUGGUCUUCGUCUCGCCCUUCUUCGCGGACGGGCGCGGAGGCAGCGAGCCGCGAGGGCGAGAGCGACGCAGACGCUGAAGAGGAGGGUAGCGGGCGAAACACGUUUUCGGAGAGCUUGCAGUCCUCCACAGAAGCGGGAGAUCUGACUGCUGGAACGGAGUCGAGAACUGCCCGCGUGGCGCGGCUGGAGCGCGGCGAAGGACAAGACAGGAAGAAGAAAAGGCAGGCCGCCCGCAGGAGGCCGCGGCACAGGGAAGCCGAGGGCGCGGCGCGUGCAGAUCCUCAAAAGGAAGUGAGAAAGAUAGGGAAAUCCGCGGAGCCAACCACGGGGCAUGUGCCUCCGAGGCCCGCGGAAAAGAAAAAGAGGCGAAAGGCAACUGCAGUUCAGCGGGCAAGAGGGGUGGUAUUAAAGUGA